AUGGAUCAUCAGCCCGCCAAACGUCGCGUCCUCGGCGCUCUCAACCCCAACGCGAACCUCUCCCCACGACCCAGUCCUCUCUCCAAGUCAAUAUUCCCCUCUUCGACAACCGCGUCGCCUGUCAAAGCCAAGAGUCCUCUGAAGAGGAGCAUUGCCACUGUCGCCGGGGAUAGCACCCCCAAGCGGGCACGCGUAGAAAAUGACACGACAACCGGGUCAAGGACCGGCACGCCCGACGAGAGCAGCCUCUUUGACGAGGAAGUGACGUGGGUCAGCAGCACGACGCCGGGAGCCAGCCCCACCAGGACAUUGACCCGUGAGCAGGCGCGCGAGCGAGCGGAGAUUCUGCGAUUACGUCUUGGAUUGGCCAGCUAUAAAGUGCGGACAGGGCAGACGAACGUUCCGCUGGAGGACCUUGUGCAGAAGCCGCUGCCCAGAGACGCCGUAGCAGACGAGAAGACGGCCCAAGAAGUCACAAAAGAAACCGACGAGCAGAAUGAAGACAAGGAGGAGGAGCAGGCCGUGUUGCCACCCCUGCCAGAGGUUCUGGAGGAUGUGGUACCCGUGGUCGGCGACGAGGAUGCAAGGAGGAGGCGGUUACAGGGCGAGGCGAUGAAUGGGCUUCUGAGCCUUGCCCGCUCAGGUUCUGAUGACUGA